GUUUUUGAGGGCCCGAGAGGAGAUAAUUGAGGGCAGGAAGUGUAGAGCACCCUCACUCUCUGAAAUUAGGUGUCUCCUGAUGGAGGGGCAGAAUCCUCCCUCGGGGUCCUGGACACUGACCCUCCAGACUGAGGCUUGUCGAGUCUUGCCCCGGGGUUCAGGGGAAGGCUCGGCUGCCCAAGGAGCAGGAGGAGGCCUGAAUUCUUCUCUCAAGAUGAGAGAAAUCUCAAAGCCACUUCCUGGCAGACCCAGAAGGGGCCUGGAAUGGUGUCUGUUUAGGAGAACCAAGAAGUGGGGUUUCCUGCGUAACCUCGAGGAUUCGGGAAAGGGACGACCAGAUCAUUCUGUCCUCACGGAGGGAUUCCUUUUGCCCCCCUUGCCUCUGAUGAUUACCAAAGUGCUGUGGGGGGACUUCUUCAUUAAAUGUCUGGACUGCUGCCCCCGAUUUGUCAGCUUUUCAUCGGUUAUGCAUGUUUAGUAUCUACUGACUUGAUGACUGUUUCAUCAGUCAACGACCACUUACAUUUCCCUCAGCAAGCAUGUAUUGAAUAGCUGUCUUAUACUUCAGCUGGGUUAGUUUGGGCCCUGUUUUGGUCUUGUACUAAGCACAAGUACCCUAGACUCUAGUGGGAUGACCCUUCAAAGAACCCUCUUGUCCCACUGCUUCCCCAAACACCUGCAUCGUAGUCUCCGAUGUGUGACUUACCCUGAACUUGGUUUGCUCUGGCUGUUCCCUCACAGUGGUCCUGGGUGGCCUUCCUGUUGGCUUCAUUACAUCUGGUAGCACUCUGAAUCACCUACUAAAUACACGAGAAGGAAUAAAGAAGGAAAAAAAUCAAGGAGUUUUGGCCUCAAGUAAUAAUAAAGUUUUAACUUGGAAGUUUCUUGAGAAUAGACUGCGAAACAGUCUACAAAAAUUACAGUGUGGAAUAAAUACAUUUUGGGGGUUAGGAAAUUUCAAGAUAUCUGGUAUUUCUGUUAUUCCUUUUCAGCAUCAGCUCUGAUGUCCCUGUGAUCAUGUGACACUUGUGCUUACAUCUUGCCAUGUUUUAAACAUUAGUUUUCAGGACACAAAAAAAAUUUAAUCCUGAGUAGGUCAGAUGUCAUUGUUUAGCUUUCCACUUGUUUAUGUGAGCAGUCAUGUGCUUACUUUUAGGGUGUCUUGGAAAGUAACUGCAAAAUAAUUUUUGCUUUUCACAUAAAUAUGACAUACUGCCUUUACAUGUGUUGCCCUAGAAUUAUAGAUAGUGUAGUGUGAUGCCACCAUGAAUUCUCUAAGGCCUCUUCCAUGAAAUACCCGAAGGAUCAGUUCACUCAUCUUGCCUUAGGAGUUUUUGUUGCUAUAAACAAGAGCUGCUUUUCACUUUACACUCAGCUCAAAGAGAUGGCCUUGCAAUUAGCCAGUGUAGUCUGUGGAGCUGGUAGCUGGUUACUUGUUAGAAAUAUGGUAUUUAGGGUAAUAAGAAAUAUUCAACCCAAACUUGCUUCUCUAAAGAAUGUAAGAAUUGCCAUGUUGGAUCAGACCUGUGUUUCUGACUGACACUGAGAGACAUAUUGUAGAUGAUUAUAAUUAUCUUCUCUGAUAAACUCAGAAGGUUGGAGAAGCAGCUAGAACAUUCAACUUAGGUUCCAAGGUGUGGGAGGGGUAAGGAGUAAAAUAAGAGUUCCUAUUGAGUAAAGUAUUAAUCAAGUGCUUAGUCAACCACUUAUUCAGAGUGUUGUAGAGAGACCUCAACCUUAGAGUAGAAGGUUGAAACUAGAAUCAUCCUCCUAAUUCUGCUUUUCUAAAACCCAUUAAUUUACCUAAUCUGUUAAUUUUUAAAAAAUUAAACAUCUUUUUGGAGUAAUAAAUUCCGCCUUUUGGAAUAAUAAAUUCCAUAAGUUUGUUACCUGCUAAAGUAUUACAUCUUUUUAAUUAGUUAAAUAUGUAAUAGUAACAGAACAGUGCUCGACCAUAAAUGAGUGGCCAACAAAUGUUAGCUGUGAUGAUUAUUUUAAUUCACCCUACACUUUUGUGUUUCACGCUUUGAAGAUAUCUAUUGGUUCAAUUAUUCUAGGAUUGAUGGCGUUUGUAUGCUUCAUCAUAUCCCUUUUUUUCUUUUUCUAGACUUCAGGGUGCUAGUUGUUUUGGUUCUACUGCUGGCACUGAGCCGAACCAGCCUAUCGAUUCUUUUUUUUAUUUUAUUUUUUGUAAUGCUUCAGUGCAUGGUUGUACAUCCUGGUUGUUAGUUUAGUGCUCUCUGUGUGCUGCCACGACAGUAUGACAGACGGGUGGUGUGGUUCCACGACUGGGAAAUGAACCCAGGCCACAGUGGUAAGAGCGCCAAAUCUUAACCAUUAGAUCACCAGGGCUGGCUCUGUUUUUCUUCUCUAGGUUUAAACCUUUAUCCUAAAGAAGUCAUAUUGUGUACUGCAAUAUCUUAUAAUUACUUUUUCCCUGUAGUAUGUGACAGUGCCAUGCAUGUCUUUCCUUUCUGUAGUUCCUUAAGAGCAGAUACUGUCUCCUUUCCAAGAAGGGGAGGCUAACUCUGUGCCUCAUGUAGAGUAGAGACUCAGUAAAUAUUUGUUGAACUGGGAAUAGUGAUGGGCAAUAAGUAAGGCAGCUUAGCCUAGCUGCCUAAGCAAAUUUAUAUCCCCUAAAUUAGAAGAGUAGAAAAUUCUAGAAGUCUUUUAGGGUAAAUUGGGUCAUUCAUCGCACAAAAAUUUAAUUACAUGCCUGCUAUGUGUUAGAUUUCCUUAGAAAGGUUUAGGUAGGCAGUUUUGGAGAUGGAGUCUGAUACUUGAAAACUCUUACACUCCUGUGUCCUGGGCAGGGGAGCUGUUGAAAAAGAAAAGCAAUCCUUGCUCUCCCAGGAUGCAGUCUGGUGGGGAGAGGCUGUUGGUUGUGAUGGGGUACUGCAGGCACUGAGGAAGCAAGAACACAAGCUCAAAUCUGAUCCAGGAAGUCACAGAAGGCCUCCCCGAGGAAGUGAUGUUUUAAAUAAGUCACAAAAGUUUAGCACUGACUAGCCCAAGAGGAAGGAAAAGAGAAUUCCAGGUAGAGGAAACAAGUGUGAAGGCUCCGCUGAAGAAAUAUGACAUGUUUGAGAAAUUGGAAAAAAUUCAAUGACAGGAGCCCACAAUGUGAGAGGAAAACUAUGAGAAAUGAGACUAGCAGGGUGGGCAGGGGACAGAUUGGGAGGAUUUUGUAAGCCAUGUUAAGGUGUUUGCACUUUAUUCUAACAGCAAAGAGAAUCCACUGAAGAAUUUUUAAGUAGGAAAAUGACCUGUGGCCUUUAGUAAGAUCACUUUGUCUGCUCUGUAAAUAAUAGAUUGGAGAGCAAGACCAGAGAUUAGGAUACUGAUGAGAAGCAGCUGGAAAAAUGCAGGUAACAGUGUAGUGGCUCAGAAUGUGGUGGCAGCACAGAUGGAGAAUGGGGGAUAGUCAGAAGAAAGAUAUAGGUGAUAGAAUGGAUAAGAUUUGGUGGUUGAUUGGAUUUAGAAAGAGGAGUCAAAAAUAACUCAGUUUCUGGACUGAGAAAAUGAGUGGAGGAUAGCACCAUUUACUGAGGCAGGAAACACAGGAGCAGUUUUGAGAGGGAACAUGAGUUCGGUUUAAGGUGACUACAAGAUAUUUUAAGAGGCUUUUGGAUAAGAGGAGGUGUAGAAUUCAGGAAAAAUUUUGAACGUGAGACUCAUAAAGGGCAGAAGUAUAAGUCAGAUGUGGGAAUUUUAACUAGGUCAAAUACAAACAAAAAUUGAUUGAAUCAACAUAUGUCAGUGCCUAUGAUGAGCAGGGCUAUGGGAGACAAAAAGAGUUUUAGAUAAGCAGUACCUGUCCUCACAGACAGUACAGUGCGGUUAUGAAGAUAGAUAUCUGUUCAGUUAACUACAGUAUACUAUAGUAUAACUAUAGUAUAGGUUCAUCACAGUGAUGAACACUAGAGGAGAGCUACAGACCACGUGUCGGGGGACUGCAGAAAAGAAAAUGGUUUGGCAGUGUUUUGUGGAGGAGUGGGUUUUGAGUUGGGCCUUGAAAGAAGAAGGAGCUGAGGGAGAAAGGAGUUUGGGGCUUAAGGAAUAACAAGGGUACAGAAAGCACAUAUUACGUAUUCAGAAUACAGUGGGUGGUCGGUAUGUCUGGAGCUUAAGAUUCUUGGGGUAUGAUAGUUGCAGGUAACUGGAAAAGUAUUUUGAGGCCAAAUGAGGGAGACUUUGAGUGCUAUGCUUAAGUAUGUGUAUCAUAGGCAAACAAGUGCUGUGGCAGAGCUGAGAUGUGGAUUCAGUUGUCUGACUAUCAGUCACAUAUUCAAACCUACAUCCGUCGUGUGCCUACUCUGUUCAGCACCGUCUCACAUAUCUAAGUAAAUACAGUGCUCUUACCUAUACUCUCUUAAGUGACUCCUUUCUUUUCAACUGUGAAGACUACCAGCUGGAGAAUAUCCUGGGGCCCUCUGAGUUUUCAAUACGAUUGGGACAAUGCUUUGAGUUACUUUAGAGUCAAGGAGCAUGUGUCGUGGAUGGUUUCUUCAACAACCCUGCAAGGGAGAUGUCAGGUGGAUCAUCUCUCCUUUCAGUCUCAGGCAAACAGGUAUUAAGAAGUUCCUAGAGGUCAUACAAUUGGAUUCAGCAUUUAUUAAACAACCACAUGAUGCAAGUCAUCUUUCUCUUUCCAUACAGCUUAAUUCAGUUAGUCAGCAGAUACUUAUUAAGUACUCACAAAGGACAGAGUGCUCGAUGAGGUGUAAUGGCUGGUUGCAAAGAAAAUAGAUGAUUCCUACUUUCUAGGAGCUUACUGUUCGGGAUAGAACUAGUUUUGUACUGUAAACCAGCUCUCCAGAAAAAAAAAAAAUACCCUGAUUUGUAGUGCUUGCCAAUUUCUGUGGUGUAUAUACUCCCAGCACCACUGAUUUCAAGCUACCAACUUGAUGUCGCUAAACUCAGAGUUGGGAAUAGAUGUGCACAGUUGGUUCUUAGGAGCUGGUAGAGUUGGCUCCAGCACGCUACUGGAUGAAUCACACAUACGAAGAAAACCUACAACAGCAAGUGGGUACGAAGGCAUUUCUGGAAAGAUCAGAGCCUAUGUGAGCCCCUUCUCACAGUUCCCCAUCUUUUUCAGAAGACCAUGAUCUCCAGGGUGCCCUUGGAGUUGGUAGUCAUUAUCUUGGUGUUCCCUUCCUAUGGUUGCCAUCUUUUCAAGCCAGACAAAAUUACUGGUGCUUCUUUUUUCUGACAGCAGCCUCAGCUAUCUGACUUCAUGUGAAAGAUGGCUAAUGCGGAAGUGAGUGUCCCCGUGGGGGAUGUGGUUGUGGUACCCACUGAAGGAAAUGAGGGGGAGAACCCUGAAGACACUAAAACCCAAGUGAUCUUGCAGUUACAGCCUGUGCAACAAGGGAUUUAUGAAGCCGGGUCGGAGAACAACACAGCAGUUGUGGCAGUAGAAACACACACAAUACACAAAAUUGAAGAAGGGAUUGAUGCAAGCACUAUAGAAGCAAAUGAGGAUAUGGAAAUUGCUUACCCCAUAACUUGUGGGGAGAGCAAAGCCAUCCUCCUCUGGAAGAAGUUUGUAUGUCCAGGAAUAAAUGUGAAAUGUGUCAAGUUCAAUGAUCAGUUGAUCAGCCCCAAGCAUUUUGUUCACCUGGCUGGCAAGUCCACCCUAAAGGACUGGAAGAGAGCCAUUCGUCUGGGUGGAAUCAUGCUCAGGAAAAUGAUGGACUCCGGGCAGAUUGAUUUUUACCAACAUGACAAGGUUUGCUCCAAUACCUGCAGAAGCACCAAAUUUGAUCUUCUGAUCAGCAGUGCAAGAGCUCCAGUGCCAGGACAGCAGACAAGUGUGGUGCAGACACCCACUUCGGCCGAUGGUAGCAUCACACAGAUUGCCAUCUCAGAAGAGAGCAUGGAAGAGGCAGGGCUGGAAUGGAACUCGGCUCUCACUGCUGCUGUCACCAUGGCCACAGAAGAGGGCGUGAAAAAAGACUCAGAGGAAAUUUCAGAGGACACUUUGAUGUUCUGGAAAGGAAUAGCUGAUGUGGGACUGAUGGAAGAGGUUGUCUGCAAUAUACAGAAGGAAAUAGAGGAGCUGCUGAGGGGAGUUCAACAGCGCCUCAUCCAGGCUCCCUUCCAGGUCACAGAUGCCGCUGUUCUCAACAAUGUAGCACAUACAUUUGGCCUGAUGGACACAGUCAAGAAGGUUUUGGACAACAGAAAGAACCAAGUGGAGCAGGGGGAAGAGCAGUUUCUCUAUACUCUGACAGACUUGGAACGCCAGUUGGAAGAGCAGAAGAAGCAAGCUCAGGAUCACAGGCUGAAGUCCCAGACGGUUCAAAAUGUGGUACUGAUGCCUGUGAGCACUCCUAAGCCUCCAAAAAGGCCCCGGCUCCAGCGGCCAGCCUCCACCACUGUCCUGAGCCCUUCUCCUCCUGUCCAGCAGCCUCAGUUCACAGUCAUCUCACCCAUCACCAUCACCCCAGUGGGUCAGUCGUUUUCCAUGGGCAAUAUUCCAGUGGCUACCCUCAGCCAGGGCUCCAGUCCUGUGACUGUCCACACACUGCCUUCUGGCCCUCAGCUCUUCCGCUAUGCCACAGUGGUCUCCUCUGCCAAGAGCAGCUCACCAGAAACAGUGACCAUCCACCCUUCAUCUAGCUUGGCACUGCUAAGCUCCACCGCCAUGCAGGAUGGGAGUACCCUGGGCAACAUGACCACUAUGGUGAGCCCUGUGGAAUUGGUGGCCAUGGAGUCUGGCCUGACCUCGGCAAUCCAGGCUGUUGAAAGCACCUCAGAGGAUGGGCAGACCAUCAUUGAGAUUGACCCAGCCCCAGACCCAGAGGCUGAGGAUACUGAGGGCAAAGCAGUCAUUUUGGAGACAGAACUGAGGACUGAGGAGAAAGUUGUAGCUGAGAUGGAAGAACACCAGCAUCAAGUUCACAACGUGGAGAUUGUAGUCUUAGAGGAUUAACUGGGGAUCUUGGGGCCAGGAGAUAUGUUUUGGUUUCAAAUUUUAAUUAUUUGUGUUUUUUUUUUUUAUCAUUGUCCCACUCAUUUCCACAUAGGAUCCUUUUUUUUAAAACAAAAUCUCGUUGUUAUAAUUGAAAAUGUUGGGUCCCUCCCACACCCUCAUUGAAAAAUGGACAAAAAUAAGCUGCCUUUCCAGAAUUUGAGAGUAGGUCACUCAAUGUCCUAAGCCUCUUACACCAAGAAAGUUAUUUCUUUUAGGGGAGGCAUCAAGAUAACCGGAAACCCUAUCCAGAAAGCUCUUUCCAGACUAGUCUAUCUGUGUACGCAUGUGUUUUUAUUCUCAUAAAGAUGCAUUGACCAAACUCUGGAACAGAGAUCUGACACUGGAAGGCAACCCACUCACACAUGGAUGCAGAAGGAUACUUUAUUUUGUAUCUUGGAAAGGGCCCUCAGAGGCCAGUGCAAAACUGAAACAAAAGGAAGUUGAACUCUGCUUGGAGGGGAAGGUGGCAUACCAGCAGCGGCUUAAAAAGGGAAGUGCUUUGGCCAGGAUGGGGCAAGGAAAUUAUCUUACUUCCAGAAGUGCAACUGAUGCCUCUUGAUAUCUCUGAGGGUUACCACCAUGGGUGCCGUUUUGAGGAGAGGGCAGUGGUAAGUGGAAGGGUACGUCUCCAUGGAACAAGCAGCAUCAGGGGCCUGCGGCUUUACAGAAAUAGCAAUCCAGGGAUGUCACAGCUGUGCUUUGGGAUUGAAGCUCACCUUGCCCCCGACUUUGUCAAAGCACUUAACCCUUCUAAACUAGGAUCAGUCCAUUCCUUUGCAAAGUGUGUUUUGUGGUGUAAAUUGCUCUGGUUCUUGGACUGUGGCUGUCAUGGGGGUGGGGCUCCAAGGCCAUCAUUUUUACUGCAUGACCCCAGGAGCGGGGGAGUUCCUCAUCCAGACCAGCUGCCCUCUUUGGUGGGGCCAUGUUUUGGCUUUGGAACCAAAAGCAGCCACUCAUUUGGUGCUUCCUCUUGUUCACCCCUCCAUCCUUCAACUGUUAAUGGCAUCUGUCUUCUGGAUCCCACGCUCUUCAGCUUUUUGGCUGAUUCCGAGAACAGUGACAGGUGCCUGCCUGCCUUCAUCCCCUUUUAGAUUCAUUUAUACCAUUUAUACCACAGAUGUUUCUGUGAGAUAUUGAGCUCAUAAAAAAACCUUAGGCUUGGCAGGGAAGACUCAACACCCCCAGCCUAUCCUGAGGCACUGAGUAGAUGUCUCCUCCUGAGCGAGCUGGACUCCCUGGGAAAGAAGCAUUGUCUGCCACGUUACAUUAUAGGAAAUGUACAGCAAUGUCAAUAAUGAUGUCUUUGGGGGGAUUUUUUUAUGUUGUUUGUGUAUUUAGAGCUGGGCCAUUUUCCGUGCUGUGAUUCCUUCUCUUUGACCAUCGUCAGUGUUUGGGGGCAAGAGUGGACCCUGGUUUUUAUUUCUUUGAUUGCAUUGUUUACUGCACUAGGAAAAACAUAGGGAAACUGCAGACAAUUUAAAGGAAAAAUAGGUCAAAAAAGAAAGCACACACCUUAGGAGUGGGAGGAUUUUUGUUUUUUUUUUAAUUAAAAGCAAAACUUUGACCUGUAGUUUCUUUUUUUUUUUUUAAAGAGGGCAGCCGCCUGAAGCCAUGUUUCUUCCAACAGAUGUUGGAAACCCUGUCGUCAAACACGUGAAAACCGCGUUCUGCCAUCCUUCAGAUGGCUCUAUAUAGUUAGAGAAGCCCUCUAAUUUGGGAGGGACAAUCUUGAAAGCCUUAAGUAUGAGAUUUCUGAACCCCAUACAGUUGUGGUUUUCAGCUUUAAAAUUAUCUGGGGUUUUAUUUUCCUUGAAACAUUCAACAGACAUAGCAACCAGCUUAGAACAAACCUUUGGCCAUUUAUGUAUCUUUAGUGAGGGAAGUGGCUUUUAUUUCUUGCUUCUUUACAUUUUCUCUUGGUACAUAAACAAAAACAAAAUUUCUGACUAAGCCUAAAACUACUACUUGAACCUAGAAAGGCGCAGGUAAUCCCUAUUGUGGUUUUUAGGGACACUUCUCUUUCGCAGAGACAAGAGGCCCAAUUCAGGACAGAGCAGGAGCCCUGGAGAACACCUACAUGCUAGCUCAGGUCCCUUUCUUUCCUCCGUCAGAGCUGUUGGCAGUGUUUUAAAGUAGUACGAACAACAUGCUUCCAAAGUCAAGAGAGCUCCUCCUCCUAAAGACAGAGCGUGUUUACUUUCACUAUCUGAAUAUUCUGACUGGUGGAAAUACAUGAGCCUUGUUUUCCUGGUCUUCCAAUAGCCUAUCAUUAUUGCUAGAUGCUAUGGCACUUGUUGUUGAGUGUGGGUUCCCUCACAGCCCUGGUCUAGAGGAUCUCAGACCGGGUGAGACAUAUGCAAGCCAUUGGUAUGUGCGCAAGCAGUUGCAAUGAAUCAUUCCUCAGGCUAACUUGGCAGUAGCCAUCUAUCUUUCUGUUCAUUCAUUAAAUAAACAUUUGUAAGUACCA